GGGAGAACCAGAGUGGCCGGGGGCUCUCUGCGUAUUCCUCUGCAUGUGAUCCAUUUCUUCGACGUUCUUCUUUAGACUGUUUCCUGAGAAAAUUUUGGAUGAAAAAUCAAAGCUUGCAAAAAACAAAAUGGGUUUGAUUCAGCUUAUGAAAUCGAUUAAUUGGGAAGAAGAAGAUUAUCCUGCUCAAGAAGAUUUCAUUGUCCUUCCUUUCUUUUUUAUGUUUUUCCCCUCUGUUCGGUUCUUUCUCGAUAGAGUUCUGUUUGAGAGAGUUGGAAGGCGGUUGAUUUUUGGAAAGGGAUAUCAGAUGCAAGAUACCAAUACAACAGACAACAAGAAUAAGGUUAUAAAAUUUAAGGAGUCAGCUUGGAAAUGCAUUUAUUUUCUCUCUGCAGAAUUUCUGGCUCUCUAUGUAACUUCUAAGGAGCCCUGGUUUAACAAUACAAGACACUUUUGGGUAGGGCCAGGGGAUCAGGUCUGGCCUGAUCAAAAAAUUAAAUUGAAAUUAAAGGGACUUUAUAUGUAUGCUGCUGGGUUUUAUACAUACUCUAUAUUUGCUUUAAUUUUCUGGGAAACAAGGCGUUCUGACUUUGGAGUCUUAAUGGGUCAUCAUUUUGCAACUGUCACCCUCGUUGUGCUCUCUUACAUUUUUAGAUUUGGCCGUGUCGGUUCAGUUGUUUUAGCAAUUCAUGAUGCUAGCGAUGUAUUUUUGGAGAUAGGGAAGAUGAGCAAAUAUUGUGGUGCUGAAAAACUCGCUAGCAUUGCAUUCAUAAUUUUUGUUUUGUCAUGGAUCUUACUGCGCCUCAUAUACUUCCCUUUCUGGGUCCUAUGGAGUACAAGCUAUGAAGUUGUCCAGACAUUGGACAAGGAAAAGCAUCCAGUGGUUGGACCAAUUUGUUAUUAUCUGUUCAACACACUUCUAUUUUGCCUGCUUGUUCUUCAUAUUUAUUGGUGGGUACUGAUGUAUCGAAUGCUAGUCAACCAAAUCCAAGCUGGAGGCAAAAUUAGUGAAGAUGUUAGAUCUGAUUCAGAAGAUGAACAUGAGGAUUGAUCCAAAAACAAGCAAUAGGGCCUUGGAAGGACUCAUGAAAAGGUAAUUUUACUUUCAUUUGAAAACCUCAUAGUACUCACCACACUUUGGUUCAGAUUAAAACCAUCAUCGAAAUCCGGCAUUGGGAACAAGUGGCCAGUGAGUGAACGCGUUGUUUUCCUGUGAAGUGUCUGUUUUCACUGUUGCAAUUUUUCUGUAAGCUUCUGAGCAGGUCCAUUUUCAGUGGAACUGAUAGAGAGGGCUCUUUGUGUAAGUCCUGCAGAUGGAGAACAUCCCUGGCUUAAACAUCGAUAUUCUUUCAAGUUCAAUGAAAUACGCACGUUUCCUAGUAAUAGAAGGAAACUUUAUAUUGUUUCAUGAUGAAGUAUGGGACUGGAGAAGUUUAGUUGUUGAUUUUUGAUGUCCGGCUUUGGCACCUUCACAAUAUGGGGUUUAGGUCAGUUGGGUCACCAGUAAAGUUUUGCUGUAAAGAUAACAUGUCUACCAGGAAAACCUAAUUCAUCAACACGAAGAUAAGUCGUCAGCCAGAUUGAGGGUUAUCUUACGGUUUCAAAAUUUUUGCCCUUAAAACUAAUUGAUCCCUUUUGUCUUAGUUUAGUUGAAGUUUGAUUACAUUAUUGUAGGCUCGAGUGUCAAAGCUUACGAAACAGUCAUUAACAUAGUACCAAAGCUCUUUUUUUUCUUUCUUCUGUUCGAGUUUAAUAACAUAGUAAAUUUAUCAAUUUUUGACUA